CGUUAACGACAAUUUCACCACCCAGUCUUUACCAGGCGCAAACACAGCAGCAAUGGCGCCACCAACCCAGAAGCCCUCAGGCUCCAAGCCAAAGAAGCCGAGUGCCAAAGCCAACCAGGCUGCGAAAGCCAGCCUCAAGGGCGUGCACACUCAGAAGGCUCGCAAGAUCCGCAAGUCAACAACCUUCCACAGACCAAAGACCCUCGUCCUGUCGAGAUCACCUAAAUACCCCCGCAAGUCUAUCCCACACGAAACCCGACUUGACCACCACAAAGUCCUCAUCCACCCUUUGAACACCGAAAGCGCGAUGAAGAAAAUUGAGGAGAACAACACGCUGGUCUUCAUUGUUGACACCAAAGCCAACAAGCGACAGAUCAAGGAGGCUUUGAAGAAGUUGUACGAUGUCGAGACCGUCAAGAUCAACACCCUGAUCAGACCGGACGGCUCCAAGAAGGCCUUCGCCAGAUUAACGUCGGAUGUUGAUGCCUUGGACAUUGCUGCUACGAAGCUGUCGAUCGUGUAACGGGGGAAGUCUGUCGGGACUGGCGAUGGACGGAGGGCGAUUCUAUGGUUUUUACGUCUACGGAAUCAAGCAUCAUGGGAGCAUGAUUCAUUCAGCGGAAAGAAAAGUACGAGGCUCGGCAUAGAACUAGUCGGGUUACGAUCAAGAAUCAACCAGGCAUGCUUCAGAAGAAAAUAAAAACAUUCAAGAGCAGAAUUUCUUGAUAAUUUGAAAGGCUGCCACUUCCAUCUGCUGUGACGGGAUGUUGUUACAACAUUGGGAC